CUGCCCUUUUCUCUUCGUCGCUAUUGUGGUACAAUUCCUGCACGAAAAAUCAAUCGAAAUCAAGAGCAUGACUUCUCGCGACAAGAAACCCUCAAAACCCUCCACUAGCCGGACUGGCGGUAUCCGGACUCUCUCCGACCUGAAUAGGCCUUCGGCUCAUGACUCCGACAGUGAUUCCGAUGGACCUCAGGAAUACUAUACCGGCGGCGAGAAAAGCGGUAUGCUUGUCCAAGACCCGUCCAAGGGUAAUGACGUUGAUGCAAUUUUUGACCAAGCUCGACAACUGGGGGCUACACAAGGGCCCAUGGAGAAUCUUCAGCCAUCUUCGAGCUCAAGAAGCUUUGCUGGGACAGGAAGGCUGCUUUCAGGUGAAACUGUGCCAACUGCUCCACAGCAGCCUGAGUCGGUAGUACACAACAUCGUUUUCUGGAGAAAUGGUUUCACUGUUAAUGAUGGCCCUUUGAGGAGCUUGGAUGAUCCUGAGAAUGCUUCGUUCAUUGAGAGCAUCAGAAAGUCUGAGUGCCCAAAAGAGCUGGAGCCUGCAGACAGGAGAUCCUCUGUUCAUGUCAAUCUUAUAAGAAGGGAUGAAAACCGCCCUGAACCAGAAGUGCGCAGUGUUCCGUUUCAGGGAGUUGGCAGGACUCUGGGAGGUAGCUCUGCAACCGUAUCUGCCCCUGAUACAACCAUUGCUGCUCCUCUUCUGAGUGCCCCUGCCCCUUCAGAAGGCCUUGUGGUAGAUAAAUCACUGCCAUCCACUUCGAUUCAACUUAGGCUUGCGGAUGGAACUCGAAUGGUUGCACACUUCAAUCACCACCAUACAAUAGCUGAUAUCCGGUCUUUCAUUGAUUCAUCUCGGCCUGGGGGCACACGGUCUUAUCAGUUGCAGACAGUCGGAUUUCCUCCCAAAGUCCUCACCGAUCUCACCCAGACAAUUGAGCAAGCAGGGUUGCUGAGCUCGGUCAUUGUUCAGAGACUCUGAGCUUAUAAAAUGGUGUUUCUGAAAAGAACAAAAUAUUCGGUUGAAGCUAAACGCAUAAAAAGAAACUCUAAAGCUCGUUACCUUGUUUCGAGUAAGGUUGGCCACGACUAUCCCUGCAUAGUGUUACGGUUGAAGUAUGAUGUUCUAUAAUCAAUUUGACAAAUGCAUUCGUGUUUCAUGGUUUUCAUUAUAUAUAGUUCGUCUUAUUCCCCAUUA